CCACCAUCCCUCUAUAAAAUAUAAGGCCUGCCAAACGGCAAAAGAGGCUAGCUCUUCAGUACUCCAUCUCCAUUCCCAGUUCACAACCAUGGCCUCAAUGCCGAGGUCCCUUUUCACCAUUCUCUUCCUCACCCUCUUCCUCAUCUCCCACAUUUCAGUGCUCAAGGUUUCAGCAGCAGCAGCAAUAUUUUACAACAAAUGCCCCCACCCAGUUUGGCCAGGCAUCCAACCAGGCGCAGGAAAGCCCGUUCUGGCCCGCGGAGGCUUCAAGCUCCUACCAAACAAGGCCUACUCUCUCCAACUCCCCGCCCUCUGGUCCGGCCGCUUCUGGGGUCGCCACGACUGCACCUUCGAUGCAUCCGGCCGCGGCCACUGCGCCACCGGCGACUGCGGAGGCUCAAUCUUCUGCAACGGCCUCGGUGGGGCCCCACCGGCGACGCUGGCGGAGUUCACCCUGGGAAACGACCAGGAUUUCUACGACGUGAGCCUGGUGGAUGGGUACAACCUUCCGAUCUCGAUCACUCCGUUGAAGGGAUCUGGGAAGUGCAGCUAUGCGGGGUGCGUGAGGGACCUGAACAUCAUGUGUCCGGUGGGCCUGCAGGUGAGGUCGCGUGACAACAAGCGCGUGGUGGCUUGCAAGAGUGCUUGCGCUGCUUUCAACUCUCCUAGGUACUGCUGCACGGGGUCUUAUGGAAGCCCACAGUCCUGCAAGCCCACGGCUUACUCGAGAAUCUUCAAGACCGCAUGCCCAAAAGCCUACUCCUAUGCCUACGAUGACCCUACAAGCAUUUCCACUUGCACACACGCUAGCUAUUUGAUCACUUUCUGCCCACACCACCGCUGAACUCACUUUCUACUCUCUACGUACGUACUUAGCUACUACCCUAGCUUUCCUCAUAUUGUAUUUUCCUUUUGUUUUGUUUUUUCAAUUCUGUUCUGUCGAUGCGUCUCUUAAAAUGUACUAGUACUAUUUAGCGAUUCAUACUAUAUGGUGGUUCAGCUUUGGUUCUUUCUUAA